CUGACCCCUUCAUAAUUGCAUUUGGCCAAUCAGAGCCCCCAAAACGCCCAACAUGGCGCCCGAUCGCGUUGGUUUGCGGCGGCUCCGAACCGCGCGCCGAAGCGUCGGUGCUUUGCCGGCCCUCCUGCUGCUGGGCCAUGCGGUGUGCUUUCUCGGCAAUCCUUUCAGAGCAGGCGCGCCCGGUGCGCGGGAAUCCUCCUCGUCAGAUUCCACGACGCCGGGGAUGGAGUUCGCCUCAGCAGAGCGGCAAGAGCUGCUGGCCGAUAUGGAGAGGCAUUGGUCAGUGCUGGAGGAGAGGUUGAAGAACGAUAUCUACCCGGAGGUUGUGGAGGAUCCCUACUUCAACGUGAACAUGCGUGGUUUGCUGGAGCGCUACUUGGUGGCCUCCAACUACGAGGUACGAGAGGCCUUGUUGCGCUUGGAGGCUACUGCCAAGUGGCGAAAGGAGUGGAACGUCUUGGAUUACUACCGCACAGGCGCCGCCUCGCAGCUCUUCUCCGAGGAAAGCAAUCCUGGAGCUGAGAUGUACUUUUCGGACUCCCUCUUGUUGGACAAGGAGGGCCGUCCCUACUGCGCUGGGCGACUGAAGUUUGCGAACCCGGAGAAUAUGCAUCCCUGGCACCAUCUGAGAGCUGGUGCGCUGGUGUUUGAGCUGAUGGCCACGAAGGUGGCGUCGUUGGGAAAGGGCGCAGGGUCCUACAUCUUAGAUAUCGGUGCGGUCAAGCAGGUGGGCAACGUGAGCGGCACCGCAGGGCAUGAGCGGACCUACAACGAGGCUCGGAACCCCUACUAUGCGGCCGGGGCGGGGAGCAAGGAUGCGCCAUCGAAGGAGAUCCUGGAAGAGCUUGGGAGCCUGGACAAUGGCUUUGCUGUCCUGAAGGCAGCAAUUACCAUCCUCAACCGGCACUACCCGGGGAUCGUCGGACGGGUCUUCUACCUGAAUAGUGAUAUGGUCUUCUGGGGCGCCUUCAAAAUCUUCUCUCGUUGGAUCGCGGAUCGUGGCUCCAUCGACUUCAAGUUCCUGGGCCCUGCCGGAUGGCGGGAGGAGCCCGUGUCGAAGCUUUUGGAGUACUACGAAUCCGAUCAACUCUUCGAAGAAUGGGGCGGCAGUGGGCCCAAACUGAACGGCGACGAGUUCAUGCAACGGGCCAUUGAGAGAUACGAAAUGGAGGCUCAAGAGCAAGAGCUGGUAGGUGUUAGCUGAGGCUUUAAGUCCAGAAGCGGUUGGGGAUUCAUUCAUUACUUACCUUCAUAGCAUACAUUGACACAACUAGUCUCGUCAAAAUCUAUUUUUUUUGCGAGACGGUCAGUCAGAAAAGAACUGUAGGGUGAGGAUUCGAUGAUUCGAUAGACCCCCACUGGACAUCAACUUGGGAUUGAAAGUUGGGACAAACCAGUACAGAUCGGAAAGCUUUCCGAAGGCCGCUGUGCUACUGCAGUGUGAGUGGGGACUCUCCAAACGUUUAGAUCUAAUGCUCUGAGAGAUUGAGAGCCAUGCAGAAUGCCCGUGAAGUCCCUACUCAUUAGGUAGUACAACUUGGAUGUGUGCCUGCAUCUUUUUCGGCCAUGUUCCAGUUUUCUGGGCCACUCCAGUGGGACCUUUCUUUGCAGUGCUCAAAUUUCACCCUAAUGCCAAGUGAUCGUCUUCCCCUUCAAACACAGGGGAGCCUAGCUUUUUCAAUUUAAUCCGUGGGGAGCGAAUCGCUUCUCUUCAAAAUCCGGAGAAGCUCUCUGCGCCAGCUGCAAGGCUGCGCAGAGUUCUGCGCAAGCAGCUCUGGGAAAGCGUUUCGCUUCCGUUGGGUGUGGGUCGAUCUCCACAUUUUGAGGACC